UGCCCUGGAUCCUCUCCAUGCUCUGCCAGCUCGGAGGAAGCACUGGGACAAACUGGGAGGGAACUGGGAGCGAAGCGGAGCUGUCCCCACGUCGGUGUCGCAGCGUCCCCUCCCCUCCCGCAGGAGCUUGGUGGUCUGCGCUCCUUAUCAGCGCUUAUCUGGCGGAGCCGCUCGCUAAUGUGACCUUAAUGGAGCUCAAAUGGACUGGAUUUGUUUUAUUGCGGCUCAGCCCGGCACCCCCUGCCCCCCUCCCUCCCUCCCUCCCUCCCUCCCUCCGCUCCUUCCCUCUGCCCUUGUUUUGGAAACACCCGGGGAAGGGGCUGCUCCUUCCUCGCGGCUCGGGGGGCAGCUCAUGGGGAGCGGGGAGAGCUCUCCAGGGAUCGUCCAUCCUUCCCCUCCCUCCCCUGCUCCCCAAAAGCUCGGCACCCCCCGAGCCGGGGCUGCUUCGUAGCCCGGCGGUGACGGGAGAGUCCGAGCGGGGAGCGCUCGGUGCCUGCGCGACCCCCGCGCUCCCACGAUGCUCCCCACGCCCUUCUCGGUGCGGGACAUCCUCAGCCUGCAGCGGCCGGAGGUGCCCGGGGGGUCCCGCACGGAGCCCGCACCCCGAGCCGCCCGCAGCCCCCCCGGGCAGGACGAGCCGUGGCCGCGAAAAUCUCUUCUCUCCGCCAGCUUUGAGCCCGAGGAGAAACCCAGGGAGCCGCGGCAGCGGCGGAAACCUCGGGUUCUGUUCUCGCAGGCUCAGGUGCUGGAGCUGGAGCGGCGCUUCCAGAGGCAGAAAUACCUGUCCGGAACGGAGAGGGAGCAGCUGGCGAGGCACCUGCAGCUCAGCCCCACGCAGGUGAAGAUCUGGUUCCAGAACCGGCGCUACAAGAGCAAGAGGCAGCGGCAGGAGCGGAGCCCGGCGCUGGCGGUGCCCGCGCUGUCCCCGCGCAGGGUGGCGGUGCCGGUGCUGGUGCGGGAUGGAAAACCCUGCCUGAGGGGUUCCGCGACUUUUCCAGCUCCCCGUGGAAUUCCGGGUGGUUUUUCCUACGGUUCCUAUCACGGCAGCGGCGCUUUCGGGGCGGGGUACGGAGGGGGUUACCCUGGGGUGUCCCCGAGUGUCACCCCCGGCCGUGCCCAGCGCCAGCUCCCGGCUCUGCCAGCGGGAAUCAGCGCGGAGAGCUGGAGGUGAGGAGGGAGGAGGCACCGCGAGAGCUCCCGCCGCUCCAGAGCCAAGCGCUGCUCGGGACAGGAGCCAAAUCCAAAGGAUUUCUGCCAGCCCGGACAGCGGAACGAUCCCAGCACGUCCCUGGGUGGGAAAAAAAAUAAAAUAAAAA